UGACAUGUUCAAAAAAUUGUUUGAGGUUUUUUCAGUUUUUUGCUUAAAUCUCUCACUCAAAAACGGACGGAAAACGCGGCAUAUCUAUCCGGCUUUUGUGUAUGAUUUUUCAUCUAACUUCUUAGCCAUAAUUAUAUGAGUCAUAAUUAUGUCUCAUUUUAAAUUGAUAUCAUCUACAAAAGCGUCCGAUGUGAUUCCCAUUAACAAAUAUGUAUCUGGGAAAACUGGACUCACGGUGGUCAUCGCGGAUGUUGAAGGCCCAGUCGUCAAUGGAUUCUUUUGUUUAGCAACUGAAGCCCAUGACGAUGAUGGAUUGCCACAUACAUUGGAGCAUCUCAUCUUUCUCGGCUCAGAGCGGUAUCCUUACAAAGGAAUCUUGGACCUGUUGGCUAACCGGUGUAUGGCCCAAGGAACCAAUGCUUGGACAGACACUGAUCACACCUGCUAUACAAUAUACACUGGUGGUGAUGAAGGCAUGUUGACUCUGUUGCCUAUAUACCUGGAUCACAUUUUGAGACCAACACUUAGUGAUGAAGGUUACCUCACUGAAGUCCAUCACAUUGAUGGGGAGGGAAAUGAUGCAGGUGUAGUGUACUGUGAAAUGCAAGGCCGGGAGAAUAGUGCAGAUAGUAGAUGUGAGUUGCAGCUGCUAAGGUCCAUGUACCCAUGCAGUGGAUAUUCAGCAGAGACAGGAGGAGUCCUUCGAAAUUUGAGAAUUUCUACUGAUAAUGUCAAAGUACGUGAUUAUCACAAGAAGUUCUACAGACCUGAGAAUCUAACAAUAAUUUUGACUGGGCAAAUUGCAGCGGAUGAUGUAUUCAAAGCAUUAGCCACAGUGGAGGAUGACAUCAUAGCUAAGAGAGAGAAGGAGCCCCAAGAAGAGUGGGUGAAGCCGUGGCAGACACUGCCGCCACCGCCGCUGCUGGGAGAGCACACAGUCUUCUGGCCAGCGGACACUGAGGACUGUGGAAUGGUAAUGUUCGGUUGGCGAGGGCCGGUAUUGACUUCGCCGACUGCCCACAAACAGAUGACGGCGUGCGCAGUGUUAUUGCGUUAUCUGGCAGAGACUGCGGCCGCGCCGCUGCAGCAAUGUCUUGUGGAGCGGGAGGACGCAAUGGCUGGAGAUGUGUCAUACAAUCUGACAGAAAACCUAGUCACACUUAUUAAGGUGGAGCUGAACAACGUGCCCGUACAGAAGCUGCGUGCGGCGUACGAAGAGGCGCGACAGUGUAUCGCGGCCGUGAGAACAGGACAGAAUCCCAUCGAUAUGGACCGGAUAGGUCGCCUGUUGAAGAAGCAGCUGCGCGAGAUGCUGGCCAGCCUGGAGUCGGACCCGCACCACGCCAUAGCCUUCCGCUGCAUCGGGGACCUGCUGUAUUCGAGGGACGAAAACGACUUCAUACAGCGAAUGAACCCACAAAUAGCAGUGAACGAGUUAUUGAAGGAGAAUGUGGACUAUUGGCUGAGCAUAAUGCAGCAGUACUUCACCGAUGACAUGGUCGUCAUACUCGGUGCGCCCAACAUUGAACUGCAGGAGAGUAUGGCGUUCAUUGAGAACAAGAGGCUAACGGAACAGAAGAAAGAAUUGGGAGAAGCCGGUCUAGCGGAGAAGGCGAGACAGCUCCAAGCUGCCAUAGAGCACAAUGAGAGGCCGCCGCCGGCCGGCACGCUGGCCGCAGUCCCCGUGCCCACGUGCGCCCGCGUGCGCGCGCACCGCGUGAGCUGCUGGAGCUCGGGGGCGGAGCCCUGUCCGCUGCUCGACCUCACACAGCUCCCGCUCUACACGAGGCUGCAGAGCCUCAAGACCAACUUUGUUUAUAUCAACUUCCUCCUGGACACAUCGGGACUAGACAGCCAGACGCGGCAGUGGGUCCCGCUGUACACGAACAGCCUGGGCCAGCUGGCGGUGCGGCGCGGCGCUCAGCUGGUGCCGCACGAGGCCGUCAUCUCCGACACCGAGCGGAUCACCGUCCACUUCUCCAACGAGAUCGGCUUUGGCAAGUCCGGGAAUUUCUCUGUUGGAUCGUACGGACAGUUUUUGCAUGUUGAGGUCACGUGUGAGCCGGCAGACUACGAGCAAGUGGUCAACCAUCUGUACGAGAUCCUGUACUGCUCUGAACUGUCCAAAGAGCGGUUACUGGUGUUUGUUCAACGGAUGAUCAAUGAUGUCUCCCAGGUGCGAAGGAACGGUCACAAAAUGGUAUACGACGUGUUACGCGACGCGGUUUACAACGAGAACACCAACACGCACUGGUGCUCCGUACUGCGACAGCAGAAGUUCCUCAAGAAUCUUCUCGAACAGCUGACCGCAGGCGGGGACUCCGCUGAGGCUGCUCUCAGAGAAGGCAAGGAUGCGUUCCAGAAGAUUCUAGAAAAGCCUUGGUUGCACUUGUCGUCUGACUUGACCAGGUACAAGCUGUCGACUGAGCCAUGGAAAAAAUUCACCACCAAUGAUGUUGCUCCUGUUGAACCAAAAUUAUACUACGAUGCAGAGCUAAUGCACGAUAAGAGUGUGCCUGGUUUUGUGGUGGGCAUCGGCGGGCUGGAGUCGUCGUUUUCGGCUCAGUUCAGCCCCGGGCCGCGGGGCUACGACCUGGCGGAUGUGGCGCCGCUCACUCUGCUGCUGCAGUACUUCACGCAGCUCGAGGGCCCGAUGUGGCGUCAGAUCCGCGGCAGCGGGCUGUCGUACGGAUACUCAGUGCGCGUGUCGCAGUCUGAGGGGCGCCUGCUGGCCGCGCUCUACCGCGCCGCCAGCACUGUGCCCGCCUACGACAAACUCAUCUCCAUACUGCAAUCGUUUCUGAAAGACGGCGAGUUCGACGAGGACCUGUUCCAAUCGGCAAAGAGCACGGCCAUCUUCGACGUGUUAGACUCUGAGAAGUGUCCCGCAGACGUCGUCAGCCAGUCGCUGCUCAACUACGUGCGACGGUGUCCGCAAACAUACAGCAGAGACUUGAUCUGCGCGUUGUCUCAAGCGACGAUGGAGGACGCUAGGGCGGCAGCACAACGCUGGCUGCCGCCGCUGUCGCAGCCCGCGCGCGGCACGCUGGCCGUGGUGUGUCACCCCAGCAAGGUCACGGAGAUACAGCAGGCCUUCCUACAGAUGAACAUAAAACUGGACGCCUUUGAAUCCAUGGAAGCAUCGCAUUUUAACCAAUAAGCACAAUCCUACAAUAAGUUUUAAUUGUAUUUUACCUAUUAUGCUAAACCAUUUUUAUGUAACUUUUAAAAGUUGUAAUAUAUUAUAGUUUUAUUUAACUGUA